CACCAUCAAACAAUCCAUCAUGGUCAAUUCCAACUUGAUCAUAUCUCGUUGGCCAGAUGCAUUGCUGGUUGCUUUAACGGCAAAGGCUUUCAUCGGUCAUUCAUCUUGGGCUUAUACUUGGAUCGUUUCAGGUGCGGCUCCCUUAAGUUAUAUUCUCUUAUCCGGAGAAGUACAACAUCCAAAAGCAAGAAUAUUAGCUUGGGCUCCUAUUUGGCUUUUAUUGGUUUUGAUUAACUUGGCAGAAGCUGCAGCUUCAACUUCUUGGUUAUUCUUUGCAAUCUUCACUUCCCUCUGUUGGCCUUUGGUCUUCCUUGCAAGUUUAUUCCAAUGGCAUUUCGUUGCUGAAUGGACGAGAAUCGGUUUGAGAAAAGUAUUGCACUUCGUUCAUUUCGCUUCAGACACAAUCGCUCUGUUCGAUCUACCCGCUUUGGAGAUCGAUGUAGACGUGGCAGGAUUGAUGGUGAUCAGAGGUGUAAAGUUAUCCCUUUCAACUUUGACUUUGACCGCAUACGGAAUCGAAGUAGGCAUCAAGCUUUCAGAUGAUCUAGAAUUGGCAUUACAAACAGACAAAGUUACCGUUGCUCUUUUCCGUCGAAUCGAAAUCGAUCCCGUAUAUGGAAAUGUGAAAGGAGGUGCAUUUGAACAAACAUUUGCUGAAUUAGAGGGAGAUACUCGCUCACCCGAUGGUCAAGUGCUGAUGGAUGAAAACACACCUCUACUCAAAGCGGCAAGCAAGGCAGUAAGAGAUACAAAAGAUGAUUCUCUUUCACCACCUCCAUUGCCAGCUAGAAGCAAUACAGUACAAUCACCAGAGAUUUCUUCAGUUCCUCCUCCUUUGCCAGCAAGAAGUAGUACAAGUGUGGUUCCUGUGCAGGAUAACGAUCCUUUAAGCUCUGGUACUGAUGCAACAUUGGUCAGUGGAACUGACAACGAACUUCACCGCACACCAACAACGCUUUCCGACACUUCCACCGUCCAAAGUGCACCUGAUCGUGUUGCAGAUUGGAGUGAAGAUGAUGAAAGUCAUUGGUCAAAUCCAGGAAAGACGACAAUGGCAGACAAGAUGACUGAUGGAUGUGCACCUGAAGAUGCUGGAGUAAAAGAAAGUGUUGAACAAGCAACUUCUGUUUUGGUACAUGAAGAGAAUGACAGUGAAAUGGCUAGAUUGGAAAAGAUUAUCAAAGGUAUUGAAGAAUCAAGCGAGGUACGCAAAGCAGAUGCAAGUGUUAGACGUUUGGUAGAACGUAAAAAAGACAGCGAUCCAGAAAAUAAAGUCAAUUUGGAAAAUGAUAGACAUGUUCGAGCAGCAAUUUGUUCGCAAUUACACAGAAAAGCGUCCAUUCAACAUGCUCCUAAACACUCGGUUCGGGUUACAACUUUGCAGCAAUUAGCACCACCUUGGGUCUUACGUUUAUUCCGUCGCUUGCCUCUUCUUUUACGUCUCUUACUCAACCCGAUUGCAUACUUUCAUCCAAUUCGCAUCGAAGCAAUCACUAUGGGAGCAUCUGGUCGUUGGAUGCAGAGUAUUUUAGGAACGGAAAUGUUUAAAGGUUAUGCAGAUCGUAACACAGAUAUCGGAAAAUUACGUGAUCGAAUGUUUGAGUGGUUGAGCGACGCAAACUUUGUUGUGGGUUUGAAUGACUUCACUGGUCAAGGCUUGGUACCUGUCGAUACGGAUAAUGACAUCACUUGUCGUAUGGCAGUUGAAGAAAUCACACUGUAUCGAACAGUGCCCCGUCAAGCCAAUCUGAAAAAAGCAGUUCAAUUAGGAGGAGCAGAUUCGACCGUAAUGGUGCCAUCUAUGCUACUGCCACAUCAUGAUCACCUCUUACCAUCGCAAGAUGAUCGCAGCAAAGCAGAAGAGAAACAUCGUCAAAAGAUUCGACGAUCUGAUUCAGCUCCAAAAGCUGCACAAGAAGAGAGGUUACUCAAAAAGAGUAUGCGUGAUGAAGUUAACUGUCAAAUUUCCGUUCAUGUUCGCUUGCCUGCUUGUUUCGAUCAAGAUUUACUCAACUUUAUUUCUGCUCUGGUAAAAGCGAGCAAAAUUAUCGAAUUUGAAAAAGCAUACGAGGAAGUAACUGAAACCCAAGUGAGAAGCCUGAAAGAUUUCAAGAAUCUAGUCAAUACCGGUUUACGUGAAAGUGUCAAAAAGGUUACCGUUAAUGCGGCUGCCAAUGAUCGUUGGAUUGCAAAAAUGGUUGGAAAAAUAACGAAAAAAUUGGAAAGUGCACAUGGAGAUGUAGGAUAUGCUGGAGCGAUUCCUGUUUCCCUUAAACCUUAUCGUGAAGCAGCCGUUCCGGGAGAAACAAAAUUAUUACCUUAAAGAAAAAACAACAUUUGGAUACCCAACAAACUUUGUAGCAUAGUUCACUUUAUACGAACAAUUUUAUUCAUUUGGCAUGCUCAUCUA